UGCCGGCUGCCGCGCGCUGCUGCCGCCAAGAUGGCUUCCAUGCGGGAGAGCGACACCGGCCUGUGGCUGCACAACAAGCUGGGCGCCACGGACGAGCUGUGGGCGCCACCCAGCAUCGCGUCCCUGCUUACCGCUGCUGUCAUCGAUAACAUCCGCCUCUGCUUCCACCGCCUCUCAUCGGCUGUGAAGCUCAAGCUACUGCUCGGGACGCUACAUCUUCCGCGCCGCACGGUGGACGAGAUGAAGGGUGCUCUGAUGGAUAUCAUCCAGCUGGCCACCCUGGAUUCAGACCCCUGGGUCCUCAUGGUUGCUGACAUCCUGAAGUCCUUCCCUGACACGGGCUCCUUGAAUCUGGACCUUGAGGAACAGAACCCCAAUGUUCAAGACAUCUUAGGAGAACUUAGAGAAAAAGUGAGUGAGUGCGAGGCAUCUGCCAUGCUACCACUGGAGUGCCAGUACCUGAACAAGAAUGCCCUGACCACCCUUGCUGGGCCUCUCACCCCACCAGUGAAGCAUUUUCAGCUGAAGCGGAAACCUAAGAGUGCUACACUGCGGGCAGAACUGCUGCAGAAAUCUACCGAGACAGCCCAGCAGCUGAAGAGAAGUGCUGGGGUCCCAUUCCACGCCAAGGGCCGGGGGCUGCUCCGAAAGAUGGACACUACAACCCCUCUCAAAGGCAUCCCGAAGCAAGCCCCCUUCAGAAGUCCCACCACACCCAGCGUCUUCAGCCCUUCUGGGAACCGGACUCCAAUACCACCUUCGAGGACACCACUGCAGAAAGAAAGGGGUGUGAAGCUGCUGGAUAUUUCUGAGCUGAAUACGGUUGGUGCUGGCCGAGAAGCAAAGAGAAGGAGGAAGACUUUAGACACAGAAGUGGUAGAAAAGCCUGCCAAGGAAGAGACAGUUGUUGAAAAUGCCACCCCUGACUAUGCUGCUGGCCUGGUGUCCACACAGAAACUUGGGUCUCUGAACAGUGAGCCAACACUGCCCUCCACAAGUUACCUGCCCUCUACACCCAGUGUGGUACCUGCUUCAUCUUACAACCCCAGCUCUGAGACUCCCCCAGCUCCACCCUCCCGGGAAGCCGGCCGGCCACCUGAGGAACCCAGUGCCCCAAGUCCCACAUUGCCAACACAGUUUAAACAAAGGGCACCUAUGUAUAACAGUGGCCUGAGCCCAGCUGCACCAACACCUGCAGCACCUGCCUCACCUCUGACACCUACUACUCCCCCAGCUGUCACUCCCACUGCUCAGACACCCCCAGUGGCCAUGGUGGCCAUGGUGGCCCCACAGACCCAGGCCCCAGCCCCUGUUCAGCAGCAACCUAAGAAGAACCUGUCCCUCACGAGAGAACAGAUGUUUGCUGCCCAGGAGAUGUUCAAGACGGCAAACAAGGUCACAAGGCCAGAAAAGGCCCUCAUCCUGGGCUUCAUGGCUGGCUCUCGAGAGAAUCCAUGUCCGGAGCAGGGGGAUGUGAUCCAGAUCAAGCUCAGCGAGCACACAGAGGACCUGCCGAAGGCAGACGGCCAGGGCAGUACCACCAUGUUAGUGGACACAGUGUUCGAGAUGAACUACGCCACAGGCCAGUGGACACGCUUCAAGAAGUACAAGCCUAUGACCAAUGUGUCCUAAGUGCUGUCUCCGCUGCUGACCCGCAUCAGACCAGAGGACAAGUUUUGCUGGUUAUGCUAAGUGACCUGAGCAGAUACCGAACGAAGGAUGUGCUCCGCCCAGCACAUGCUAUCCACAGGCUCCUGGGCCCCAGCCAUUUCUCUGGGAAGUUUAGGCUUAUUUUUUAUAUUUUAAUGAGUUAGUUUUUCUGUGUGAUUAAGAUACCCUUUUUUUGGAUUCAUUAUGUUUUGAAUGCAAACCAAAAGUUACUUCAUAACUUUUGUGCCUGUUAGACUUUUACAUUUUUAUUUCUUCUUUAAAAAACAAAAACAACAACAACAAAAAAAACAGUACUAGUUGAGAGGGCUUUCUCUUUCUCUGCUUGUGCAUGCCCUCCCUCAUGAGGUUGAGGGGACCAAAGGUGACACCUGGUAGUCUAGGGUGUGAGGGGUCUAUGGCCAGCCUUGAUGCCACUACCUACCAGGGAUUUGUAUGUCUUUUUGUACAGUUGUAAACAUUUCAAACCUGUGUCUGGGUUCCUAUUUUCAUUGUAAAAUGACCUGAGUAUUAAAGUUUAGUUUUUCUAAAAAGAAAGCCCUCAGAACUGUGUUUCAGGCUAGCUUGACUCCCUGCUCUGAGACCAAACCCUUCCAUAUACAGCUGUCAGAGCCUGGGAGAGGAGAGGCAGGGUUGGAGAUAAGGCUACCUGAAAACAGAAGGUAGGUAAAUUCUUGAGUAGGGCAACUGUGGGCACCCAGGAAGUAGAGGAGUCAAACACAGUUACAUAUUAAAUAAGUGUAAGAAAGAAGCCUUUAAAGUUUUUUAAUAAAAAAAUACUCAUUACAGUUUUCCAAA